AGAGUGGGGAGAUCUCCAGCACAUAAAGUCAAGCCUCGAAUUACUGUUUACAGUUUGCGUUCAGAACUAAGGAUUGACGUUUAAACGAAGAUGCGUUCGAUCAUUUUGUGUAUUGCCCUAGCAGGAUGUUUGGCACUUGCUAAGGCUCAUAGUUAUCACAUGGGUAAUUGUCCCACAGUAGAGCCAAUGCAUGGAUUUCAAAUGAACAGGUUUCUAGGAAUCUGGUAUGUCAUUCAGAAGACAUCUACUGCAAGCAAAUGUAUUAGCUAUAAUUAUACUCGCGGCGAAGAACCGGGAGAAUAUUUGAUAACUCAAGAUUCUGAUCAUCCUGUAUUAGGUCUUACGCCAUUAAAACACGAGUAUCACUAUACCGGUGAAUUGAGUGUACCGGAACCUAGUACACCGGCUCGAAUGCAAGUUCGCUUCCCUCUCAGUGUAGCAGGUAGUGCAUCUCACAUAAUCUUCACUACGGAUUAUGACAAUUAUGCUGGAAUAUUUACUUGUCAGAAAUUAGCUUUUGCCCAUCGACAAAGUGCAACUAUACUUUCAAGACGUCGUGAUCUUGACAGGGAUACCAUAGAUAAUAUAAAAGCAAAAUUGUCAAGCUAUGGAGUAGAUCCUUAUGAUCUUAGUAUCAUUUCUCAGAGUGGUUGUCCACGCGGUAAUGAUACUUUAGACAUAAACAUUGAUCCUAGCACUUUUACUGCUGAAAGUCUUGGCAGUGCCGUACGUAAAGCUGGUGAAAAAAUUGGAGAUGGUGUUCAAUGGGUUGCCAGUGCUGGUAGCAAAGUUUAUCAUAAAAUAGCUGGCACCGAAGAAAGUACAACUCCUUCGAAAUCAGAGGAAACGCAUAGGGUUGUACCAAUGAUGAAAGAUUCUGGGAAAUACGAGACUAACGAAGUCGAAUGGAUUCCAUAAAUAUGUUUAGAAAUAAUAUUGUCAAGUUAAAAACGAACAAAAACAUGAUAUUAGGGUAAAUGUUUAUUCUUUUUCUUUUAAUUUUUUAAACAUGUAUUGUAUACUGUUAAGAGAAAUAAGAUAUAGAAAGGAACGUAUUGAGAUGAUCAGUUUAUAAUUUUAAUUUUAUAGAAAGAAGUAUACAUAUUUCUGAUUUGUUAAAUAAGAAAUAUCAACGUUGACUUAACUUCUCGUAGAGAUAUAUUAUAACAAAUAUAAUAAUAAUAAUAAUAAUAAUCUAUAUAAACGCAA